AGCCUGCCAAGUUUGACAGGAAUUUUAGUCUGAAAUUCCACUUUCCUGUUUGGACAUGGACCAGGUUUAAGGAAGACAGGGUGCUUUCCUAAAGGGAAGAAGGGCAGUCUGGUGAGCACUCACCUCCUGUUAUUUUCCCAUCUGGCCCUUAGGGGAGAACUGUACCUGACUGUACAUAAUUAAGACUCCACAGACCUGCCAGGCCCUGAGGGCCAGUGGUUACAUCAGCAUAGUUCUCAAGCAGAACUGAGGAAAGAACUUCAUCCCAAACUGAGGGAAUGUCCAGAUUAACACAGAGAGCUGUUGUGUCUCCUGAACAUCUUCCUCUAUGUCUUGGUGGAUGUGAGAAGAUCAGCUGGCUUCCAGAAGGCAAAGUAUUCAGUAAUGUUCAAAGGGAAAAGAUCAUCUCCAAGUUUCUUAAAGAAAGCGUUCUCAAGAGAGUAUUCCGUUCAAAGCAAAUGAGAUGGGAGGACCUUGACUACCAGAAAGAGGGUUCCAGCGACAGCUUUCCUGACACCAGAAAGCAAGCCGCACCCGAGGGGGCUCCGGGACAGCCGCUCGGCCUGCACGCGGAGGGACGCGCGCUUCGGAGUGACGGCGCCCUCGGAGACCACAUCCGGGACAGCUCGUGGGGCUGCGGCGCCGUGGGGAUUCUAAAGAAACAAAAGAGCAGCUCCAACAAAAUGGGGAGAAGAAAUGGUGAACACGGUGGCACAAACCUGCAGAUGUCCAACAUCGGUCACGAGAACUUAUCUCAUUGGAAUUUGGAGUUGGAACCUGUGCCAGAAAAUAAAAACUUCCUUCCUGGAAGGGAGAACGCAUCAGGUGGCAAAAUUAACAAGAACCAUCUGGAAAUUCCAGUAGAGCAACUGAUGGUAGAAUUGAAUUUGUCGGAUCAUACCCAUAAAAGAAUACAGAAUAAUAAAGCAGGGAUAUUUCAGUUAUGGAGUUAUCCUCUUAAUGAUGGAAGUACCACAGAGAACAGGGAUUUAAAAAAAAAACCUUCACUGGACACUGGCUAUAAUAUAACCAAUAAUCCUAUGCGGCUCUUUGGUGCAAACAACCCUCUAACAAAUGCUUCAGUUGAUAAGCAAGUUGGUUCUUACCAUGGACUUCAAGUGCCAUUCAGUCUCUCCUGGCCCUAUGCUGAUGGAGACUUCUUAAAGGGCAGAACAGAGCCUCAUAUUACUUUAUAUUCAACCACAGAAAACAAUGACGGUGAAACUAUAUUUGCUCCAAAUUGGAAUCUGAAAUAUGGGUGCAGCAGUAUGGAAGAAAAUUUAACAGAUGAAAGUGAUUUAUCUGAAAAUGAAAAAGCAAAUGAUACUUUACUCAACUAUUUUAAAAAGAUGGACCUGAAUUUAAAGCCAGAAACAAUAGAAACUGUCGAAGACUCUUUCACAGAGGAAUCAAGUGAAAUAUUUCCAUAUCCUGACUUUCUUCCUCCUCCUUUCAACACUCUGGACUUGCACAAACUAGCUCUCUCAAAAUCGGACAAUUGGAAAGCAACAGUGGAACCUCCAGAAAGUUCUAUUGAUCGUUUGAUGACUCGUUUACUGGAAAUGGAAAGAUUACAACAUAUAACUGUACAGAAAGAGAGGCCACGACUACAAAGUACCUUCUAUACUUCUGUAGUCACUGAACGACCCUCUUCUUCCAAAGCUAUACCCAAAAUGAGACAGCCCAAACUUUCUGACUCUUUGAGCCUUCAGACAACUUGUGCAGAUAAAAGUCGAGAAAAAAGAAGAACUAAUUCAGGCUCCUACAAGCUUGAGCAAGCAGCUUCAAAGUGGAAUUGGGGCAGUGCUGGCAAAUAUAAAUGGAACUCUAGACCAACAAAAAGUUCAUCCAGCACAAGACCAUUGGUUGCAACAUAUGACGAAUGUAAGAAUCCCAAAAGCUCCAUUCUAAUUCCAUGUCAAGAACUCUCAGCAAAGCCUACUUCUGCUCAAACAAAUCAGUCAUUGGUUAAAAUGAUCUCAACAAGAUGUCUGCCUCCAAGGUCUCCAAUAGCAGUUUCACCUAUACCUCUGUCUUUUCCUGAAAAUCCAAGGGAAGAAAUCAAGGCAGCAAGGACCAAAAAAAAACUUUACCGAAAAAAUAUAGUGUUGAACAGACCAUUCUAUAUUCAGAAGCUAAACUGUUUAUCACCUUCAUUUACAGUUAAGGGUAAGUGUUCACCCACUGACCAAAAAUAACUCAAUUUCUUUCCUGUAGCUCAAGUGUGCCUUUCCUAUAGCUCAAGGAAGCCUGGCUAAAACAUGGUUCAUCAUUUGGAAAUACAGGUACUAAAAGCACACACACCCAUAUACAAGUGUUUGAUGUGAUGUGGAAUGGGACUUGUGAAAAACAUUGCUGAGAUAUCUAUAUAUAGUGAUCCAAGGACUUCUGCUCAGAUAUAUUUGACAGUCUUUUGCAUGUUAUGUUUCAAAGAAAUGUUUCACUUAAACUAAGCUAUUCAAAAGAUUGUUUUAAGAUAUGAUUGCUACCCAGUGUAAUUCCAUCAUCAAUAAAUGGUAUAACUGA